AUGCCGGAGCUGUCAAUCAAACCAAAAGAAGGCUGCUCAUUGAGGAAACCGACAGUUUGUCAAAGCUUUCAAAGACUGUUAACCACGGCCGUCAGAGAGAUAGACAUAGCCGGUCAAACACUUAAAAUCCACGAACUCGGAGACGUGUAUGACUCUUUAACGGGUCGUGCAUUCACCGGGUCAUGGAUUUGGGACUCAGCCUUGCUACUCUCUCGGUGGCUCGCGACUUCUCAGUUUGAUUUGCGAGACAAGUUCGUCAUCGAGCUCGGCGCGGGAGCCGGACUGCCAGGCUUGACAGCGGCACUACUUGGCGCUAGUCGAGUCUUGCUAACGGACAUCGCGCCGCUGCUCCCUGGCUUAGUAAAGAACGUUGAAGCGAACGAGUUGGAAGACCGAGUCGAGGUGAGGGAACUCGUUUGGGGAUCGGAGGAGUCGCUGAGUCGAAUAGGAGAGUUGAGGCGAUUCGACGUCGUGCUGCUGAGCGAUGUGUUUUUUGACCUGGAGGAGGUGGCGGCGCUUGGGCGGACGUUGAAGAAGGUGUCUGGGAACAAGACCAGGGUUCUGGCGGCGAGCGAGGUGAGGUUUUGGACAGGCGAGUGCUUAAAUGAGUUGGCGAGUCAGGGUUUCAAAGUUGUAGAGGUGCCGAUUCAAGAGGAUGGGAGUGACGGUGGAAGGGAUAUCUUUGCAGUGUACAGCAUAAUCCCGCCGGAUGAAGAGGAGUGUCAAAAGAACACGUCGGGCUCCUAAAAGGUUAUGGUUAUUAUGGUAAUGUAGUCUAUUAUGUAGUGUAUUAAUAAAUAUGGAUUGAGAUAAACUAUUUAUCUGGCUAAAAUUUAGUUUUAAACUUUGUUCCUGCGGUGGUAACUUUCUUUUAUCAAAUAAGAGCGGCUACGGGCUCAUAAUCCUCUACAAAAACUUCACUUGGGUAGAACGUAAGUAGACGACGCACAAUAGCUUUUCCCACGGCUUCCCUCUUGAUGAACUUUGAAACCAGGUCCAUUAGUGAAGUAUUUAGCAAAUUGUUUGCAACUAGAUUCGCUAUUUUUCUGGAUUUAUCAUUGCAUUAAACAUCUUUGUUUUCCCAUUCAUAAACAUGGCCACCAAUAAAAGCAAAUUACAAGCAGAAACCAUCGCCACUAUUCAUUAGAUAUUACUUCAUUGUCUCCAAAGAGUACAGAUCUGUGACCUUGCAGAAGCCCCAUGGUACCAAGAAUUUAAAGCAAAGCCCAUUUGAUGUAAAAACCAAUCCCACACUUGAAACAUACCAGCCAAGUGCAAGAUAUCACUGGCUGGCUGCACAUAUUGAAUUCCUCGGAUAUCAUCGUCUAACCAUCUAGCUGCUGUUUAUAAGAGUAUAAUUACAUGUCAGGAAGAGCUGAAAGGGUCAGGCGACUUUCCCAGUCAAUGUGAAAAACUCUUCAGUGGUGGUAACUGCUUUCGUAUAAUUAAUAGGGGUCUCCCCUGCAGGUCAAGUAUUAUAUAUACCCCUCAUCACGACGUCCACACCCUUCCAGCAAAGCAUGCCAUGUAAUGCUCCUUCGGAACUUUACCUUCUCAAAACACUCUACUUUAAACAGGCAAUUGGGUUUAUCCUUUUCUUUCUCAGCCUCGGAUGUGCAGCCCACAUCUGCUCACACACCCCAUAGCUCUCUGCUAUGGCUCACUAUCUUUUAUUCUUAUCACCCAAGGUAUUCUUUGGCUAAUGGAGUAUACCAAAACUGACCUCAAAAGAACGACAAACUCUUCUGCGCUCUUGGCAGAGGGCACAUGUGACGGCACAAACCAAGUUGCUGAAUUCAAAGAUCAUAACCCAUCAUAGCCACACACA